UCACGCACACCUUUAUAGUACAAGUCAUGUUUGAUAAUGCAAAAUGAACCACCUACAACUGCGGGAAGUGCUUUCUCUAUCUUCACCUAAUCAAAUAUCUUCUGCUUUAACCAGCUGCUAAUUUCUAUACCAUAACUUGAUACAAAAGAAGAUGGAUGACGACAUACUAAAUGAAGGUAUAACUUCAACAACUCAAACGAAGACAAAAGUCAUGAACGGGAGUAGGAAUUCGGAUCUCUUCGUGUUUGAAGAUUACAACCAACGCAUUGCUACAGCCACCAUCCUUUGUAUCGUCUUUGUGGUUGGAUCCAUCGGCAACACUCUCGUUAUCAUUGCCGUAAUCCUUUCUCGUAAACUCCGUACAUCCACCAACUGGUUCGUUGUCAACCUGGGUUGCUCAGACCUUCUAACAUGCCUCUCUCUACCUUUUCAUAUUGUCGCCUUACUUAGCCGUGACGGUUGGCCUCUGGCUGGUUGGAUCUGUGCUGCCAAUUCUGUUGUGAGUCUGAUAUGUGUAGGCGCAAGCGUCAUGACGUUAUCUCUCAUUGCCUAUAACCGCUGGUUCUUGCUGACUAAAAUAAUUGGAAGCUUCCAGAAGCUCUACACAACUCGGAACAUAUGCUUGAUGGUACUCAGUGCUUGGCUUUACCCAGCUCUUUUGGUCCUGGUGCCUCACUUUGCAGGGUUGGGUCGACUGGGAUAUUCUUACGAGUACAAAACAUGCUCACAAGAUACAUCACUUCCUAACUCGGACCUAUAUAGCCUCAUAGCAGGGGCAGGUGGCAUUAUUCCUGUAUUCAUUGCCAUAGUUGUGAUUUACAUUCGGAUCUAUCUCUUCGUUACCAAACAGAGAAAAAAUAUGAACCAGCUCAAAAAGGCAGGCAUACCCGAGUCUCAAAAUGUUCAAACAGAAAUGAGCUCAUCGGAAGUUUCAUCGGUUGCACAAAGCAACCUCUCACCCGACAAUGCAACCAAACAAAGCUGUUCGACAUUGAACAUGGACAUAUCACAAACAACAGAGAAAGGCCUGGACGAAUCAUCUGGGGAUGACAAAGCAAUAGCCAAUGAAGAGAAUUUCCAAAAGAAAUCAUCACCUGAAAUUCCUAGAGAUCUUUCAAAGCGGUCUCCAGAAGAACCGAAAGUUAAUCAGAAGCGUCCAAGAUUCUUUAAGCCAAAGGCAUCUGAAAACAAGACACAACCACGACUGAACAAAUACAAUGUCACGGUAACGAAAAGACUUGCCAUCGUUGUUUUAGCCUUCUUCAUUUGCCUUCUCCCGUUCGGUGUAAGCGUUGUUGUUCCUCCAAGCGAUCCUGGUAUCCCUUGGACUGGUUUGAUGCUGUCAUUAAAUAGUUGCAUCAACCCUUUGAUUUACGCCAGAACAAUGCCAGAUUUCCGCAAGGUGAUGCUGGCCAUCAUUCGUUGUCGCCUUAAAAACAUACCCGAUCCAAUUGCAUGCUUAAGUCGAUUUCGUUAAUAUGGUUAGAUCGGGUGCCUAUAAAGUUGGUUGCUCAAGUGUAUCACUUUUUCAGACAAUUUAGUGGUCAUCUUUAUCAUAGCCAAAGAAUUGUAAUUAUUUUCCAAAGAUAGAAUGAUAUUUCAUUCCGGUAUAUAUUGUCUUUCACGGUUAGACCAUGUACUUUUGGCCAUUUUCCUAAAGUGGUUGCUUCUAUGUAUUCAUAUCCGCGUGUGUAUACUGUAGAAGGAAAGAGAGUCAAGAAGUCAGUCAGAACCUGUAUCAUCGGUUAUGUCAAAUGUCUUCAGAUCUUAAAGACAGACCAUAGCUGGUGAGGCAUUGACAUGAUCAAUUAGCGAGUUUCAUUCAGCGAUCGACGUACGGGCAUAUAAUAUGGCAAACCCUUUUAAAGGGGGUUCUCCAGUUGAAAAAUAAUAUGAUUUGAACAUAAAGAUAAAUCAGACAAAUCUAGACUAAUUCAUUGAACACUUCAAUAGGAACAACUUAAUAGGAAGGAUUACUGUAAUAGUUUUAUCUUGUUUUAAAUAGAUACUUAAGGCUGAAAAUAAUAUGGCUUCAACAGAGAAAGAAAAGUCAGACAAAUAAAAUACUGAAAAUUUCAUCAAAAUUGGACAAGGAAUAGACAUCUUAAAGAUUUGCAUUAUUUCGGUGAAACAGUCUACACAUGGUCUAUGCAUGUCUUCAUUAAUAUUCAAAGAGCAAAUUAACAGUGUCACAUCCCC